AUGUCGGAAGAAACAUUGAUGUCUAUGAAUGAUCAGGUAAUUAAGAUUGAACUACCAGAAUAUUCAGAAGAAGACAUUAAACACGAAAUUGAUGAUCUUGAGGCAAUUGUUAAAUUUGAAUCGUGUUCUGAGGACGAUGAGACGUGUUCAGAAAGAUUCAUGAACACCGAAGUGACUAAAGAAGAAGGAGAAGUCAAACAGGAGUCAAUUGGGACAUCAGCUUAUGAAUGUGACAUUUGUAAUCGAUCAUUUGCAGAAUCAGAUCAUUUAAAGGAGCAUAUGGUUGAUCACAUGCCUUGUAAGAGCGAAGAACGUCCUUUCAAAUGCGACAUCUGUCUCAAGACUUACAAACGAAAAAGUCAUCUGAAAACUCACAUGCUGAUUCAUAGUGGAUUAAGACCCCAUGCAUGCACUAUAUGUAAUAUAGCAUUCAGAAGCUCAAGUAAUUUAAAAGAUCACCUUCUUAUUCACAGUGAUGAGCGCUCCCACAAAUGCAAUGUGUGCAAUAAGACAUUCGGACGACUAGGUUCUCUGAACAUUCACAUGCUGAUUCACAGUGGAGUACGCUCUCAUAAAUGCAAGAUAUGCAAUAAGGCAUUCACAAGAUCGAGUAGUCUAAAAACUCACAUGCUCAUUCACAUUGGCGAGCGCCCCCACGAAUGCACUAUAUGCAAUAAAACAUUCAGACAUUUAAGUACUCUGAAAAGUCACAACCUAAUUCACAUUGGCGAGCGCCCCUUCGAAUGCACUAUAUGCAAUAAGACAUUCAGACAUUCAAGUGCUCUGAAAAAUCACAACCUAAUUCACAGUGGUGAGCGCCCCUAUAAAUGCAUUAUAUGCAAUAAGACAUUCAUACAAUUAACUACUCUGAAUAAUCACAACCUAAUUCACAUUGGUGAGCGCCCCCACGAAUGCACUAUAUGCAAUAACAAAUUCACACAAUUAAGUAAUCUGAAAACACACAUGUCUAGAGCGCAUCCUCAUGAAUGUAAAAAAUGCAAUAAGAAAUUUAAUAGAUCGACCACUUUGAAGAAGCACAUGGAAAUUCAUAGACGGAAGCGUGAUGAAAAUCAAUGA